CAUAUUAUCUCUGUGUUAUGGUACCUAUUUUUGCAUUGGAACUCAAAGGAAUGUAGAAGUACUACAUCAAGACACAUAGGAUAUGGGGGAAUGGAUGCCUUUUCAAUUUCAAAAGAAAACUCCUGCCUGGCAUGCAGUGAUACAAUAGAGAAUUUGGUUUAUUUACCAGAUGAAUAGACAACAUGAGUAAUGAGCUGUUAAUCAGUAAAACAGGAAAAAGUAGCAACAGAAAAAGUUCUUUCAAAGCAUUUACUGACUUAGCAGUCUAACAGUCUUAUCUCCCUUCCUCAGCUGUGUUUUCUGAGUCAGCAGUAGUUAAAUUUUCCAGCAAGCCCUACAUGAAAGAAAGUGUAAAGGGUGAUUAGGGAUUUCCACUAAGUGACCUCACCUUUGAGUGGGACAGUCACACAUUUGCUCUGACAUUUCUUUCUACAAAGCAGUGCAGCGACAGCUGAAGUCGCUUUCAAGAAGUCAUCUCAAAGGUGAUCUGACAGUAUCAACACCUUAGCUUUUCUCAGCAGAGGAGACAAAUCACCUUGAAUUUCUUAAUUUUACGAGUUGGUGACAAUGGCAACUUAUUUUGGAGUUACCUCUGCAGUGUUUUUCAUCUGGGUUACAACAUUCAUGGCUCAAAAUUACUUCAUAACAGGUUCCAUUCUUUCACCUUGCAGGAUCAAAGGUGUAGGAAUUUAUCUUGAGGAAAAAGUGAAUUUCUCAGAAGCAAGUAAUGCAUGUAAUCAACUGAAUCUACAAUUGGCAAGUAGAGACCAAGUUGAAAAGGCUCUGAAACAUGGCUUUGAAACGUGCAGCUAUGGAUGGGUGAAAGAUGGAUUGGUUGUCAUUCCUCGAAUAACAUCCAACAAGAAAUGUGGCAAGGGCAAUGUUGGACUAGUGCCAUGGUAUGCUGAACCCUUCAAAACAUUUAUGGUUUACUGCUUCAAUUCCUCAGAUGUUCAGAUAAACUCAUGUAUACCAGAUCCAACUACAACCAUGCUACCUUCAUCAAGUGCACGAACGGACUUAACUGCAUCUUCAGGCUUCGAUUUGACUGAGAACAUCACAGCAGUGCCCAAUGUGACUGAGACAGAACAAACCCUGAAAAAUAUAAAAUUUCGUGUAAUAUGUAUAACUGAAACUGUAUUACCAACCGAGGGGACUACUACAAAAAUGCCAGAGGAAUACUCACCAAUUGACUCUCCUAACUAUACUUCCCAUGCUGCCUUUAAGAAUGAUGCUGUUGUCUUUGGAGGUAUCCCUACUGCACUUCUUGUACUGGCAGUCAUCUUCUUCAUUAUUUCAGUUGUUCUAGCAGUCUGCUAUAUCAAAAAGUACAAGAAAACCUUCCCGUUUUCAAACAAGAAUCAGCAAAAAGAAAUGGUUGAAACAACUGCUCUUAAAGAGGCUAAGUCAAAUGACAAAGCUGCUGAGAAGGAAACGAAGAAGAAUGGUAAAAACACAGAAGAGUCUAAAACCAAGCCUGAAGCCACAGUACAAUGUCUAGAAGCAGAAGUUUAAGUGGAAGAAUGUACACUUCUUGACAGAAGUAUAAAACGAAGUGCACUGAACUUCACAAUGCUUUUCAACAUGGGUGAUUGUAAAUACUCAUCUUUUCUCUAUCUUAACAUAUGAAAACCUGGGGUUUUUUUUAUAAUUACAUCUUUAGCUGUAAAUACUGUUGCAGAAGAACAUGGAAUAUUAUUUACUUGAAAUAAAAAAUCCAUGAUGCAGCUCAUUUUUCAUCUUUAAUAAAGAAGUAAUUAGGAAUAUGAUAUUAAUGACAUGCAAUAUGUUAACUAUUUGCACAGAAUUCAGUUCAAUAUGUAAUGAAAAGAGGGAUUUUUUUAUCUGGCUGGAGGAUCUCUGCUAACGUAAUGUCAAUUAGCUUAAUUCCAUUAAGUAGUUGCAUACCUUUUUUAAAAAGUCUGUUUACAAACAGAAGAAGUCUGUUUACAAGUGAGUAAAAAUAUCAAACAACCUACCCACAGUCAUGCAAAUACCCAAGGGUACAAAGAUGCCAAUGUUUAUAUACAUACAGCAAUGAAUAACUUUCUUAGAUAUCUUCAUCAUAUCAUAAUUUACUGUUUUAUUUAUUAAAACCUGUAUCAUUCUUCUGCAUCAGGUAUUUGUUGGGGGGGAAACUUUAACUGUAUCUCAACAGUUAUAUUUAAGAUCUUCUAUGUAGAUUUAAGUGUGGCUUUCAUAAUAAAGAUCUCCAGUGGUA